GCCCGCCCGCCUGGCGCCCCGCCGGAGCUCCUCAUGAGCCUCAACGAGCACUCCAUGCAGGCGCUCUCCUGGCGGAAGCUCUACCUCAGCCGGGCCAAGCUCAAAGCCUCCAGCCGCACCUCGGCUCUGCUCUCCGGCUUCGCCAUGGUGGCCAUGGUGGAGGUCCAGUUGGAUGCAGACCACGACUACCCGCCGGGGCUCCUGAUCGCAUUCAGCGCCUGCACCACGGUGCUGGUGGCCGUCCACCUCUUCGCCCUCAUGGUCAGCACCUGCAUCCUCCCGAACAUCGAGGCGGUGAGCAACGUGCACAACCUCAACUCGGUCAAGGAGUCCCCGCACGAGCGCAUGCACCGGCACAUCGAGCUGGCCUGGGCCUUCUCCACCGUCAUCGGGACGCUGCUGUUCCUGGCCGAAGUGGUGCUGCUCUGCUGGGUCAAGUUCCACCCCCUGAAGAAGAAGACGGCCGACGGCCGGGCCAGCAACUCCACCGGCUUCACGGCCGGCGAGGCGGCUGCCAUCACCUCCACCACCAUCAUGGUCCCCUUCGGGCUGGUGUUCAUCGUCUUCGCGGUCCACUUCUACCGGUCGCUGGUGACGCACAAGACGGACCGCCAGUUCCAGGAGCUGAACGAACUCGCUGAGUUUGCCCGGCUGCAGGACCAGCUGGACCACAGGGGCGACACCCUGCCGCCCCCCGGAAGCCAUUUUGCCUAAAGCCUGAACUCUGGACAUCGCAAGGAAGCCGGGGCCAAAGUGUCUGCGGUGUUCUCUUGACUCCCUCGUGCAUGAAUUGGGCUGGGCUGUGGCGUUGGCUUGGAGAGAGGCCGGUCAGUAGCACUGUCCCUUAACGCUGUAGUGCUUUAGAAACAAUCCCACCACCAACAACAACGAUUCUCAUGUUGCCUUUUGAGACACAGAUGCCAGGGGAGGAAUCCUGCCCCGGUCGCCUGCAUCUCUCAGGGGACGCCCCCCUCUCCCCUCGUCGGUAUCGCCCAGAUGGAUUCUCCUGAAAUGUUGGUCCAUGAUCUGGGGAAAUGGAAAUUCUGGGCUAACAGUUGCGGGGUGGUGGGUGGGAGGAAGUUAGAGGCUUAUAGGGAAGCAUCAUAUUUUUACUCCGUGUGUGUGUGUGUUUCAUAACUGGCAUUGGCUAGAGUGUAUUAUUGGCUUGUCAGAUUCAUGUUGCUCAGCCUGGAUGCAAAUGUACAUGAGAGCAUCUAGGAACCAGCACUGCUGCCUGGCCCUGGUCAGGGGCUGCUUAGAACCCCAAUUUUAGAGCAGGCGUAAGAGACAGACCCGUGGGGCGCAGGGAGUGAGAGACAGACCCAUGGGGCGCAGGGCCACCCAGGUGCAGGGUGGUCAGCUUUCAAGUAUCUUGGCCUUCGGGUGUUUGCCUUUUUAAAUUAUUAUUAUUUAAGGAAAGCUGAGUGUCUAGUCUGCAUGAAUGUUAAAAAAAAAUGCUUUAAAGCACGUGGGCAGUGCCUGCUAACAUCUCGGAAACAGGAGGGGUAGCUGAGGAGUGGAACGCUGCAAAAUAGAAGAACCUGAACAAAUUGGCUUUUGAUAUGUGGGAUUCGUACAGCGUGGUGUUUUUCUUUUCCUUAUUGCAAAAUUUGGCUCAUCCUUACAAAAGUUUGUUUUUGCUUCUUCUAAGGAGAAGGUAGUAAACGAUAACACUGUGUGUGCGAGUGUGAGGUUGAGAUUAUGGUCGUCAAGGAAUGUACGUUUUGAAGAUCCUCCCCAACCACACCUUCCAUCAGGUCUUGCUGCCUGCUGGUUGUUAAAAUGCUUUUACACUGGCUUCUGGCAGUGGGAGCCAGGAAAUGCAUCGUGAAACCAUUUCAGAACCCGUUUAACUGCCACACCUUCCCCCGUAAGGACCCUGGAAAAUGUGGUUUCCGGGGGGACGGGGACCGUGCACCCCCGCUACAACUACAGUUCCCAGGGGAAGGUGAGAGGUGUGGGAAUUAAAAUAGCCUUUGCAAAUUGGUUUUAUAUUUUAGUCGCGUGCACAGACCCUUCGUCCUGUGGGUGUGGCGAGCAGCUCCUGGCUAAAAAACGGAGGGUCUUGCUUGUUUCAGAAGAAACCCUGGAGCACAGCGACCACUUCAGGAGCCAAGGAGUUCGCGUGUCCGAAGGGGCAGAGGCACCAUCGCCAGUGAACCUGGAACGGAGCCCCACUGGGUAGCUUUUGAAGGGUGGGUUAGAGAUCGCAGGAAUUACACUUCGGGUAAACACAGGAAGCAGACGUACACCGGGGCAGGCACAUUUUCAUGCUCUAGCAUGAAAUGCACAUUUUUGGCCGGCAUUUUUAAAUUUAUAGAUCUUUCUACGACUAAAUUUGCAUAAUAUUCCAGAAAGAUAAAAGAACUACCCCGCAAAUGUGCAGAAUCCAGGCAGCUUGGGAAAAGUUGGGUCCACGGUGGGGUCCCGUGGGUCCGAUGCGCAGAGAACUGAACUCGUAAGAUUCUGUCGUGGGUUUCCGCGACGUGCAGGCAGCGCACCGCGGCCUCCGAAGCUGACAGGGCUCCAGGUGGCCGGGUGGGUAUUAUUUAUUUUAUUUAUUUAUUGGUUUAGCUCCAUGGCUUUCAUGAAGAACAUGUUAUAAUCUGAAAUAGACACAGGGAAACGACCGGCGAGGGGAGAGAUGGGAGGCCGGGGCAAACCUUGCCUUCAGCCCCUUCCUCGACUCCCGUCUCUGGCCCUGCUGGCUUCGGCUGAGGAGAGAGCUGUAGUCCGAAACAUCUGGAGGCUGCCAAUUCGGGGGAGGCGGCAAGAGCGUAUCGGGGCCCAACGCCCCGUUCCUUGACCCAAUUCCAGCGGAUUGGGUCAAGGCGCUGCGGCCCAGGUGAGCCACGGAUGGCGGGAUUCUGCCGUAAGCCGUCCCCUUGGGAAUCCUCGCUUGCUUCGUGCGCUGUGCCCGGGGCUGCUCUUUGGCCCUGGCCUUUGUAUCACCGGGUUUGGGGCGUUUGCACUUUGUAGUGGCAUUUUGCUGUUCAAUUACUACUGGAAUAUCUGGGGAUUGCUGGGAGUUGCAGGUCGACACUUUUGAAGAUCGCCAGGUGGGGAAAAGCUGGGCCGGGUGUUUGGUUUCCAUCUGGGCAGUUGAUGGGUUUGGUGAGAGCAGGGCUUUGUUCCUGGGGGACCUCGCAGGCGGAGGCGGCUGCAGCCACGCAGGAGCCCAGAAACCGCUGGGGCGCAUGGCCCAGGAAGCUGGCUGAUGGAACUCUGGCCGGUUGCAGGGCUGGAUGCAAGGAGCACGAUCGGCCCGCUCCUAGCGAGGCACCGGGUGCGGGAACACGCAAGGGCUGCUGUCCGCUGCUCCAGGUGGCAGAAUUGCGUCCGUCUCCAGUCCAAUAUUUUUUAAUAUGUGUUAGUCUUCUGUAUUGCUCAUGUACGGGUCUCUCAUCCCAGGUUUCUGAUCAGGUUCACGCCUACUUAAUUUUGCUAAUGCUGUAGCCUCAGGUGUUCCCCAGAGCAGGUACAGGCACACCCAGGGCCCUCCAGAUGUUUUGGAUGACCACCCCUAUACCCUCCAACCAUGGGUUUGUUCUGUACAGGCCGGCGCUGAUGGAUGGUGCCUUUGAAAACAUCUGGAGAGCCCCCGCCUUGCCUCCCGCUGCCCCAGAGCCUGCCUUCCUCCAAAGGCAUUGGACUGCAACUCCCAUCACAGCCAUGCUGGCUGGGGAUGAUAGGAGUUGUCAUCAGCACAUCUGGAGUGGGCCGGGUUGGGGAAGGCGGCUCUCGGCGAUUCACUGGGGCUCCAGAAGGCAGCGUUCAGAACUUGCUUCUAGACGAGAGCUGAUUUAAUCUUUCAAGUCAAAGUGACCAUUAUUGUAUUUAUGUUUAGUUCUUUAACAAAAAGUUUGUGUAUGUAGUGAGGUUAUAUAAACAUGAAUGGAUCCGAUACAAGUAUUGGAAUCAAUCGUUAAACUAGUUCCAGCGUUCUUUAGGGUUUGUUCCCAAUAGGAUCUCUUUUGUGUUUGCUUGGAAGAUACGUUCUUCAAGAUCUUUAAGAACGUGGCUCUUUGCAACACAUGGGUAUGUGCUCUUGGUGCACUGAAGACAUUUUCUUUGCAGAAGUAUUUGACAAAACAGGGUUGGAAUGUGUUUUGUUUGCAAAUGUUUGUUCUUGCUCUUAAGAAGCAAUCCUUUCACUUUUGGAGGUCAAAAAACUGUUGUAUUCUGAGUUCAUUCUUGGGUAAAGUUCCCAGUGGUUACCAUUGAGGGCUGGAAUGCUGGAAGUGUUUGAACUGGAGAGUUAUUUCAGGGUGUGGGGGGCGGUGGCAUCACACAUCUCGGUGUGUGUUUUAUCCCAAGAAUUACGAUCUUUGAGCUGCAUCGCCACUGCCUUUGCGGAACAGGAAAGGAUGUUUUGGCUUCCCCAACACGGCCACCUUCUGUGGGCACUUGCUUAGGCUCCUCAGAAACUCCCGUGGCACUUUUUAAACCCCCUAAUCUCAUGACUAACUUUAGCCUUUAGCCUUCAUCAUGGCAGAGAGAAAUUUGAGAGCCAGGGCCCAGGAGAAGGUCAGUAUCAGUGGUGAACAAAACAACCCCAAAUCAUGGACAUCGUUGCUACGCUAUUCAGGUUUGCCAGCUGCUGAAAAUGCUAGUAAUUUUUAUGAACUCCGGGAGGGGUCCCCUGACCAUUGGUCAUGCUGCCUGGGGCUGCUGGGGAUUGCACUUGAAAGUGUCUGGAGGGGGCCCAGGCUGGGCAAGGCUGACCGAUCCACGUAGGUGACCCUCUUAAGGUAGGGGGAGUUGGGCCUCCUGCGGCGCCACAGACACCGUCCAGUGUUGGAGAAGCGGCCAGGAGCUUCACCCCCGUGAUGGGCGGGGUCAGAGGCAAAAGGGGCGUGGCCGGAGUACCAGCAGAAUUUAGGGUAAUGCUCUUCCUGCGAGUGGCCAAACCUUCAACCUUUCAGGGGGCGGGGGCAGGGGCAGGGGGCUGCUCAAGAGCCAGAAAACCAUCCAGCAAAGGGGGUGGGGGUGGGCCAUCUGAAUUGAGAAAGCCCCUUCCCCUCUUUCACGGCUAAAGGCUUUGGAGGAAAUAACAGAAGAUGUCAAGUUCCCAGAAGAGAACGUGAACUUCAUUCCUAGGCGGCCCAUGGGUCAAUAUGGAGCCGGUGCUGUGUGUGAGAGGUGGCCACUCCUGGCCAGGCCCCGCUCCCAAGACAGACGGCUCUUCCUCUGUGCCGGGCCCUGCAGGCCUCAGCCAAGGCUCCCUGCCGAGGGCGUUCUCUGACUUGGAGGCCUUCAGUCUAGGGAAUCAAUGGAUAUCAGGCCGUCUUCUCUUAAGUUUCCAGAAGCUAUGCAAUUGGUAACGUAGCAAAUAUGGCACUUAAAAAAUGUACGCACUUAAAAAAUAAAGUGGAUUCGACUUCUUUUUUUUAAACCGUGGAGCCAUUUUAAUGGUAAACUGUUCAUAGCAACCAUUCUGCAGUGGGGUGUUGUACAUAAAUGAGGUCCGGGGAUAUUUUUCACAUGUGCAAAUUUUCAUAAAUGGGUGGUUUUUGCCAAAGGUGGUUUUUGUUUUGUUUUGCAAAUGCAGUGGGAUCUUGUCGGUAACGUCCACACACACACACGCACACUGUAGACAAUUGUCUCAUUUCCCCUGUAGACAAUUGUCAUAAGCAAGCAGCCGUGGCUCUGUUACGCAUGCUGUUGCCUGGUGUGGGUGGAUGUUUUUAAUUACACUUAUCUGAAGAAUUUGUACCUACUCUUGUUUGAAAAUAAUUGCUAAGAUGACUAAAAAUGAAACUAGAAAAUUAAAAUUAUUUUUCCAGUUUA